AUGUUCAAGGUCACACUUCAAGGUCAGUCGGAAACUCAAGGUCACACUUCAAGGUUAAUCGAAAACACAAGGUCACACUUCAAGGUUACUCGAAAACUUAAGGUCACACUUCAAGGUCACUCGAAAACUCAAGGUCUCGCUUCAAGGUCACUCAGAAACUCAAGGUCACUCGGAAACUCAAGGUCACGUUUCAAGGUUACAUUUCAAGGUUGGCACCGAAGGUCAGCUCUCAAGGUCGUUUGGCACCGAAGGUCGGCGCUCAAGGGGGUCCCAGAACAUACAAACCCUAUCUACUAGCCUAAAUAUUUAUACUGUUCAUCUUGCUGCAUUCCUUCAAUUUUCCCUUGCACUUGGUUCGGUACAUAUCCUGAAUGUUUACUC